GUUCUGCGUAUAUUACCAGAGUUAAAUCUUUGUUCCUUUUACCUUCUUGCUCCUUGUCAUUUGUCAGAGAGGAGAGGUAACAAAGACCGAGUAUGGAAGAACUCAGGGGGUGAAUAUCAUUUUGUUGGUUCCAAAUCUUUUUUUAAGACCCCCCCUGACGUUCUACCAAUCACCCGGGACGCAGAGGGGGCAAUGAUCGUGUACGGUGGGGGAGCAUCCGAGGACGGUGAAGGUGGAGGGGUGGUUCUGAAGAAAGGGCCAUGGACGGUGGCCGAGGACGAGACACUGGCGGCUUACGUACGGGAAUACGGUGAAGGGAACUGGAAUUCUGUUCAGAAGAAGACAUGGCUGGCUAGGUGUGGCAAGAGCUGCCGCCUCCGCUGGGCUAACCACUUACGACCUAAUCUCAGGAAAGGCUCCUUCACCCCCGAGGAAGAACGUCUCAUCAUACAACUCCACUCUCAGCUAGGCAACAAAUGGGCUCGCAUGGCUGCUCAGUUACCAGGCAGAACAGAUAACGAGAUCAAGAACUACUGGAACACGAGGUUGAAACGCUUCCAACGCCAAGGCCUCCCUCUCUACCCUCCAGAAUAUUCCCAAAACAAUCAUCAACAACAAAUGUAUCCUCAACAGCCCUCCUCACCUCUCCCGUCCCAAACACCUGCUUCUUCCUUUACCUUUCCUCUCCUCCAACCGCCUUCUCUGUGUCCCAAACGUUGUUAUAACACUGCCUUCUCUCCCAAGGCCUCAUAUAUUUCUUCUCCAACCAAUUUCCUUGUCUCGUCUCCGACCUUUCUUCACACCCAUUCCUCUCUUUCCUCCUAUCAGUCUACCAAUCCGGUUUACUCCAUGAAACAUGAGCUCUCUUCAAACCAAAUUCCAUACUCUGCCUCUUUAGGAGUCUAUCAAGUAAGCAAGUUCUCAGACAAUGGGGAUUGUAACCAAAACCUGAACACCGGUUUGCAUACAAAUACCUGUCAGCUGUUAGAGGAUCUUAUGGAGGAGGCCGAGGCUCUAGCUGAUAGCUUUCGUGCUCCUAAGCGGAGACAAAUCAUGGCUGCGCUUGAGGACAACAACAACAACAACAACUUUUUCUCGGGAGGUUUCGGACAUCGUGUUUCUUCCAACAGUCUAUGUUCCUUGCAAGGUUUAACACCAAAGGAAGAUGAGUCUCUCCAGAUGAACACAAUGCAAGAUGAGGACAUAACAAAGCUUCUUGACUGGGGAAGUGAAAGUGAAGAAAUCUCAAACGGGCAAUCCUCUGUGAUAACAACAGAGAACAACCUUGUCCUUGACGAUCACCAGUUCGCUUUUCUGUUUCCAGUUGAUGAUGACACCAACAACUUGCCAGGGAUCUGCUAGAGAAAGACGAAACAACUAAAUGGAAACAUGUUCCUGAUUGUACAAUUAAAAUCCUGAAUAUACCUGUCAAAUAUGUUAUUAAAGCAAUAUGAUCCUCAUGUAUAGAGAUCUUAGCAUUGUUCAUCUGUUACAUGCUAGUGGACAUCCCAAAUGAUUCACCUGACUCUUUCCAAAACACUCAAUUGCUGAACUAAGCAUCUCCCGCAAGUGGAAUAUACCUGCCAGAAAUCAUUGUGUACACAUUCCUCUUAACCAAG